AAGCGGGGCCGGGGCGCUGCGGGCGCAGCCAUGCGGGGCAGCCGGAGCAGCGCGCUCGGCCCCGGGGCAGCGCCGGCUCCGCGGGGCCGCGGCUGAGCCGAGGAGGAGGAAGAGGAGGGAAGGAGGCAGGGGAGGAAGGAAGGAGGAGCUGCCGCUGUCCCGGCCCCGGCGGAGCGAUGCUGGCGGCAGCGGCGCUGUGCGCGGCCGCGCUGGGCUGCGCGGCGGGGGCGCGGCUGCUCAGCGCAGCAGUGGACAUUUCCCUCAGAAGAGGGCAGACGGUUUGCAGGCGUGGGACACAGAAACCCUGCUACAAAAUCGUCUAUUUCCACGACGCCUCGCGCAGGAGCAGCUAUGAAGAAGCUCACCUGGCCUGCAGAGCUGACGGGGGACACUUGGUGAGCAUCGAGAGCCCGGCAGAGCAGAGGCUGAUUGAAUCACUCAUCAGGAGCCUCCUGGCCUCGGAUGGGGACUUCUGGAUAGGGCUCAGGAGGAGGAAGGAGCAGGAGGACAACAGCACUGAGUGCCACAGCUUCUACUCCUGGUCCGAUGGGAGCUCGUCCAAAUUCCGGAACUGGUACGUGGACGAGCCGUCGUGCGGGGGCGAGGUGUGCGUGGUGCUCUACCACCAGCCCUCUGCCCCUCCAGGGGUGGGGGGCCCCUACAUGUUCCAGUGGAACGACGACAGAUGCACCAUGAGGAACAACUUCAUCUGCAAAUACUCCCUGGAGAAGCCAACAAGAGCUCCAAUAGACAAUCCCCGAAGAGCUGUGGCAACAGAGCCCUGGAAGCCAAAAUUCCCAGAGGAACGCUGGAGGAAAGGUGCCAAUGGAACAGCUGGGAGAGCCAAAGAACCUGUUCCGAGCCUUGCCUUCAUCCUCAUUUCCAGCAUUCCUGUGCUGCUUCUCCUGGUGGCCGUCGCAGGCAUCUCCUGCUUUUGGCUGCUGAUGAAGAGGAGACAGGAGCUGGAGGAUGUCACCCCCAAGGGUGCCGAGGCCUGGCUGCCCCAGCCCGGCGGGGACAGCCCCCGGCUGGACAUCCACGGCGUGAUCCGCAAGCAGUGCCAGGCUGACCUGGCCGGGGCCAGGCCUGGCACCAGGAAUUCCUCCUUCCGUGCCCACGGGGGGCUGCAGAGCCCCUGCAGGGACCCCCGGGACAGCUCCAGCGGCGGCUCGGUGACGCUGGCCGGCACGGAGAGCGGCUUUGUCACCAACGACAUCUACGAGCUCUGCGGGGACCGCGUGGGCAGGAGCGAGGAGUCCACCUGGGUGGACAACGAGAUUUACGGGUACUGAGGAAACGGACCCAAAAAAACCUCUGGAGUUUGGAUUUUGGGUUUUAAACCUGAGUUCCUCGCCCUCUCUACGCACUUGUUCAACAACGGCGUGCGCGGUGUUUGUCCUGGUUUUGCAUCGCGCCCUCGUUCUUCUGUUUUCUGCAAGAAUGGGGGUUUUUAAAGACCCAAACGGAGAGGAAUGUAGAGAUGUUGCUUGGCACCGAGCCCCCUUUGCCCAGGAAUGGCCUGUUAAUACCCUCCAUUCCUUUUUGUACCAAAGACAUGCCUUGAGACGGAAGGACAAUCCAAAAUCCUUAUUUAUUUAUAGACUUUCUCCUCCUCAAAGGUGCUGAAAGUUGCUGUGAUGUGGGAUGGAGCCCUGGCAGGUGGGGCAGGAAUCCCCUGGUUGCUUCGCUUGUGUGUGUGACUUUCACUGUGCCUAUUAAAUUUCUUUAUCUCAA